UGGGACGGUGUGCCGCACGCUGAUUGGCCGUCCGCUUGGGCUCGCCGCUCUGCUGCUGACGUCACGCCACGUCUGAGGUUCCCCCAGAGCGCAGAGGCUCCUGGGCCUGAGGAGAGGAGUGGAAGCGGCCAGAACCGGGAGCUCCAGCCAUGAUUCCAGAUGAGACCCCCUUGUUUGACCCCCAAUUACUGGAAGAGAUCGACUGGAGUCAGAAUACGGUGUCAUUCAGUCCACCCAUCUCUCCGGAGCACCCUGGGGAAGGGCUCGUCCUGAGACCCCUGUGUACUGCAGACAUAAAUAGAGGUUUUUACAAAGUACUUGGUCAACUAACAAAGGUCGGAGAUGUGACGGCAGAGGAUUUUAUAAAAAAAUUUGAACACAUGAAGAAAACAGAGAAUUACUUUGUGACCGUGGUGGAGGAUCUGAAUCUCGGUCAAAUUGUAGCCACAGCCACGUUAAUUGUAGAACAUAAAUUCAUACACGGCUGCGCCAAGAGAGGUCGGAUAGAGGAGGUUGUUGUCAGUGAUGAGUGUCGGGGAAAACAGCUUGGAAAACUGUUGUUGUCGGUGCUUACUCUGCUAAGUAAAAAGCUUGACUGUUACAAAGUGACCCUGGAGUGCAAGCCCAAGAACGUCGCCUUUUAUGAGAAGUUUGGUUACACGGCCUCGGAUGAAACCUACAUGCAGUGCCGAUUCUACGAUUAACCUCAGCUGCAAAAGCUAACCAUAAACUUGCCAAAGUGACGGAUGGAAGAAAACUGUUCAGGGGAAGCGGGUCCUGUAAAAAAUCUGUAAAUAAGAUGAUCACUUUUACAAAUAUUUAGGAAAAUACUUUUUUUUUUAAUGGGUAUUUUGAGAAUUUUUUUAUUUUAUCCCCCCCCCCCCUUGUUAUGAGUAACAAGUUUUCCAUUGAUAAUUGUUACAUUUUGCCUAAUGACUGGUGCUGCUCCAGGCACUUCUGGGGUCAUGUACCACUAUAAGAUCACAGCCCUGUUACUACCCAUAAUGAAUGUCAUCACUGACAUGUCGUUCAUGGCCUGCGCUCCAUCACUGUGUGAGCAUAGAAUACUGUCCCGCACAGUCACGCAGUCUCAGGCAUUGACCUGCAUGACUGUGCAGGCGCAGCUGACCUGGUUGGGGAGUGGGAUAGUAUUCUAUGCUCUCGCAGCACUAGCUGGAGAUCCAGUCUGAUGCAUGCACUGGGAGCAGGCUGUGAACGUGCCAUCGGUGAUGAUUGACAUGUUCAUUGUGGGUUGUAACCAACCUAGGACCACGUGUAUGACCAGGGAGCGCAGUGCUGGCCCAGUAGGCAACAUUUAAGAAUUACCAAAUAGAAAUGUUGUUAGUCACACAAAAAAAAUUAAUAAAAAUAUGCUGGAAUUUACAUCUUCAGAGUGAAGAUUGUCAGCUCUGGUGCACAGGAAACGUGUUUUCACGUUAGGUAAACAUGUAGAUUGCAGGGAAGCUAGGAUUUUAAUAUUGAUGGCCGAUUCCCAGGAUAGGUUAUCAAUAUCUGAUUGGCGGCACCAAUCGGCUAAUUUAGAGUAAGCCCAGCAACUCCAUCCACUACACAAUGUGUACUCUGAAACAGCUGAUCAGCCCAGCAAUAGUAAAAUACUGGAACACUCCUUUAAAGGCUCAACCAAUGUUGUGUCUGUUGGAAUUUGUCUCUGGAGCCCCACGCCACAGGAUUGACCAGUUUGGAAUGUGGUGGCGUCUAGUUUUGAAAUAUUAAAGGAGUUCUCUAAAGGUAUGUCAUUUUUCAACAGAAAAUGUUAGUAUUGGUUAAAUAAAAUAGCCUGCCCAUUCUGACAUUGCUCGGGUCCCCGUUGCUCUUCACUUCUUGGUUCCUGCUUGAUACACAGAAAUGCUCAGCCAGUCACUGGGUGGUCAUGGGAAGAUGAGAGCAGCGGGCUCCGGAGCAGAUUGACUCCAGCCUGCGGUCCCAGUCACUGACUGUCUGGGUGCGCUGAGAGUCCUAGGUCGGAGGCCACUGGUCUAGAGUUGUUUAUGGACGGCCUUUGCUCGAUCCUCUAAAAAAAAAAUAUAUAUAUAUAUAUAUUUCAGAUACUAAAUUGCGCAAUGUUUAUCUGCACAUGUUUUAUCUUUUUGGGGUAUUUGAAUUUUUUGGGAUUGUAAUAUUUUCUCUCGUUCUAAAACAGGAUAUGAUUUCUAAUUAGGAAUGUACCGAUGUGUAGAAACACUCAAGGCAGAAUUGGGGUAUGCCUAAUGCAGGGCUGGAAGGCAGAACCUGUGUCAUGCUCCACCCCCAUCCUGCCCUAGGCAUAACAUUGUAUCAGUUUUGACCGAGCAUUCCUUUCAGACAAGAGAGUGUCACGCUCCGGAUUCGCAGCGGAGCUCCCGUACUGAACUCCCAGCGUCGCAUAGCAUUAUAUUGAUUUAUAAUGCUAUGUAACCCUUAGGCUGGGUUCACAGGGGCGUCACAUUUUGGCUCAGAAUGCGUCCCGGGUGCAUUGCGGCAAACCCGCGCGAGUAGGUAAGCAAUUUCUGUCAGUUUUGACUGCGAUUGCGUUCUGUUCAGUUUUUAUUACGCGGGUGCAAUGCACGUGAUAAAAAACUGAAU